ACAGUUGACACUAACCAUGAAGAUAUUAUACAUGAUGCCCAAAUGAAUUAUUAUGGUACAACCCUGGCAACCUGUUCUUCAGAUGAAUCGAUAAAGUUGUUCGAUGUUAAAGACAAGAAACAGAACCUUGUCGCUGAACUCCGGGGUCAUCAAGGUCCUGUUUGGGGUCUCAGCUGGUCUCACCCAAUUCACGGCAAUCUACUUGCUUCAUGCAGCUACGACCGUAGUGUAAUAAUCUGGGGCGAAGAGGACGGCAAAUGGCGCAAGGUCUACGAGUACACUGGACACGAGAGCUCAGUUAACGCCGUGGCUUGGGGACCCCACGAAUACGGUCUUGUCUUGGCUUGUGCCAGUUCAGACGGCUCCAUCUCAAUUUUGACGUGCACAUCUUCCGGCAACUGGGAGGCUGCGAAAAUCCCCGACGCCCAUUCUGCUGGCGUGAACGCCAUCUCCUGGGCACCAGCCAUCAAUGCGGACUUCAUCAAUCUCGUCAAACGCAUCGUCUCUGGAGGCUGCGAUUUCCUCGUCAAAAUUUGGCGUCGGAAUUGGGUAAAGGAGGUGCAGUUGGAGAACGGUCACAGUGACUGGGUCCGCGACGUGGCCUGGUGCCCCUCACUGUCUCUGGCGCGUCAACAGAUCGCCAGCUGUGGCCAGGACGGUCGAGUCAUCUUGAUCACUGGACCUGAGGACUGGAAGCCCGUCGUGCUGGCCACCUACCCGGACGUCGUCUGGAACGUCUCCUGGUCCCUCACCGGCAACAUCCUCGCUGUUUCCGGCGGCGACAACAAGGUGAUCCUCCCAGACUCUUCACUACAAAGGGACUUUGCCUGCCCGGCCGCCCUCUGCCCCACCCACUCACCCACCUACCUCGAACCAUCCUUGAUUGAUGGACAGCUUUCAGGUCUUGUUCUUGGUCCCGCACUACCGUAG